AUGGAUUGUAUUUACGCGCGAACUGUGGACUGUAUUUUCGCUCCUACUACAAAUAAUGCAUCAACAUCGCUAUCAACAUUAACUCCACCAAUAACUCCAAUAAAACCUAUAGCACCUGCACUAUUUAGUCCUAUAUCUUCUGUAUCCUCUACAGCUGUUCAAGAUGUAAAUUCUUCAGAUAGAUCACCUUCAAAUGCUAGUACUCCUCCUAAUGUGGUUAGUGAAGAAAAGAAGAAAUCAGCAGGAGGACGUAAGCGAAAAGCAGAAAGUUUAGAAGAGAAAGAACAACGACAACGAGAAAGAAUAUUACGAAAUCGUCAUGCAGCUCAAAUGUCUCGUGAUAAAAAACGAAGGCAGAUGGCAGAUUUAGAAUCUCAAAAUAAUAUUUUAAAAGAAGAAAAUGUUCAUCUCUCUAAACGAGUAAAAGCUGUUGAAGAGGAAAAUACAAUUUUAUCAGCUAAGCUUGAUGACCUCUCAGCACGGCUUUCUGAAAUUCAAUCACAACUUGCUUUUUCAUCCGUAACCGAGAUGACUAAAGUCCUACUUGAUGGUGUUCGCGGAUCAGCAGUAUCCGCGACCUCGGAAAAUGAUUCUCUUAUGAUGACCGAUUUAAAGGAAGAUAGAAACACCCGAGAAGUCCCAGCAGCGGCCCAUCAAGACGAGGAACCUUUACGGGACGUCGUUAAUCCUUACCUUUCCGAUAUGGAUGUGUCCACCACAAAUGCUGAAACAACUAUUACUGACCUUCUCGAUAAGAAACGUUGGUUGAGAUCCGUAAAGGCUGUAUGUGGAUGCGGUACUUCAGAUUUGAAGAACGGUCCACGUGAUUGGCGAAAGUACCCACCGUAG